AUGCUUGGGCUUUUAUCACUACAAAUUGGUUGUCUAGGAGCCGGAUGCAUAAACCUGUGUGCUUCUGGAUCAGAUAUAUGUGCUCCAGAUGGAAUUUGUCGUAUUACAUGUAAUAAACAAGACGAGUGCUCUGAAAAACUGGGUCUUCCGUCUCGGUUAGUAGGAUGCAUAAGUCAAGCAUGCUAUCAAGCAUGCUCUUACCAGGGCACGUGCAUUUACCCUGCAGGCCAGAAGUGCACCAAUGGGCACUGCUCCAUGGGAUGUACUAAUAACCAGGGAUGCGGAAAGGAUCAGCGCUGCAUCACCUCUGGUUCUGCUGAAGGAGUGUGCGGCUGGAGCUGCAAAGGGUCUUGUGCAGGCCGGACCUCUUGCGGAAUAGACGGCAUCUGUCGCCAGACAUGUGCUAGUGACACCGACUGUCCCACUGGCUCCGUCUGUAGAGACGAGUCUUGCUUCAGGACAUGCACGGAAUCCAAGGAGUGCUUAUCAGAGGGGAGGCUUCACUGCUGGAAUGGCGUCUGCAGGCAGAAGUGCGCCCAGGCCACCGACUGCCCCAGUGGCUACAUGUGCUCGCUCGCAGGAGACUGCGAAAAGGUCUGCCACUUCAACGCGGACUGCAGCGUUAUCACUGGAGAGGCGUGUAUUAAUGGGCACUGCAAAGACGGGUGCAAGGAUGAUGCUGACUGUUCUUCCUCACAAACCUGCAACAUCUCCACCUCAUCAAGUACGGGCACCUGUGUCUGGAAGUGUAGCACCGAUUGCUCUGCAGAUCAGGUUUGCGGGGCUGACGGUAUCUGCCGCAACCAAUGCAGCAAGUGCCAGGACAAGGAAGAAUGCCUCUACGGCUCUUGCUUUAAGAAGUGUAACAGUGAUAUUGACUGCACAGGAACCCCAAAUCUGUCCUGCAUAGGCUUCCACUGCAUGGCUGUCUGCGUCAGCAACGUGGAUUGCACAGGCGGCCGGCUGUGCUCCUUCGAGGGAACCUGCAACUACCAAUGCAAGGGCGUUGCCUGCCCACACCCUUCCCUGUGUGCACUGGAUGGGGUGUGUCGCUUCAAGACCGAGACGUGCCAAGAUGGUUACACCAAGGGCCUGGAUGACGGAUUCUGCUAUCUGACAUGUGACUCCAAAAACAGCGACAGUCCCUGCGAUCCAAUGAGGACAGGCACAAACAAUAAGCCCUUGGACCCCAGUGUUUUCGAGAGCAACGCCAAUUACAAUCCUCAGCAGCUGGCUGCCCAAGCCACAUCUCCCCUGAACCAGAUCUCUAUGACCUGUGCCGGCGGUAACCUGUGCAAGGCUGGCUGCAUCAUCGACAGCGACUGCCCGCUGCUGAGCGUGUGCGACCAGGAGACCCACAGAUGCGUGCGGCGAGCGGACGCCCCCGUUUUGGCAGAGAUAAAGGGCUGUUGGCACGAGGACAUCAGCCUGCAAGCAAGCUAUGGAAACCUAUCAUUCACUUUAAACGUGCGUCCCAGAAACACCGCCGAGUGCAGGGCAGCGUUUUCCACGAUGGCCAUUGUCCGACUCAACCUAUCAGACUACGAAGACACCAUAGUGCAGACUCUAUCCGAUUUUAGCUUCUCAAAUACAAACAUGAUAAGGCUCGCGUGUAAUCCCAGCUCCUUGCAGAGCUGCAAGCUGGCGAUGAUAACAAGCACGUCCGCCUCUGUUUCCAUAGAGUCAGCGACGCAUAUCAUGUCGACUAUUAUAAGUGACACAGUUCUCGAUAAGUACGACUAUAACACUUGCUUUGUACCCAUGCAAUCUGCGAUCAAUCUGAUUAAGUUGCUCGACGGUAGUCCAACACAACUAUGUGUAUUUAUCGCAUGGAAUAGGUCGUGUCCGUAUCUCUAUAGUAACAAGCUUAUAGCGUCGACCCUUGUCGUCCACUCUGAUAAUGGUUCGGUCUCUCAAGAUGACAAGUAUCACCUUCCUCCAGAGAUCAUGUUACCUUCAAAGGAAGUAUAUUGCACGGUAAUAGAUGAGAGUGAUGAGAACAUAGCCAACAAGGUUACGACUUACUUUAAUGAAAUAUGGCUAUCUGGUAUCCUGUUCUUGGAUUUACUGAUCGAUGAAGUGCAAACAGAGAUACAAAUUGAGCUAUCCGGACUCACCACAACUUUUAUGAAGGCUUGCAUGCAAAGUGUCGGUGUCAUUAUUUCGCCUGUCAGUAUUUUCAGUAUAGUGAAGGGACAUGAAUCUGCCAAUGGGGAAUCCUGUGUUAUCCCAGAAGCUAUUCAACGAAUUGUGCUAACAACAGUUGUUAAGGAUUAUGAUAUAAACGAAUUUAUAGUCUCAGAAAGAAUCUUAUCUUCUUUCUCUUAUGCCUCGACAACAUCAUUGGUAUCUAUCUGUGGCACAGGAUAUCGCAGGACGACACCUUCUAAGGACUGUUAUAACUUUUUCAGCAGUAUCUCCAGUACAAAUCUAAGUACCUUAGAUGGGUAUAUGCGCAUAGCACUAUAUGAUACCAUAGAUAGCAUGUCCACUAAUCCAGUAAUUAGAUCUAUCUUCUAUUACACAACAUACAACCUUGGGUGCUAUAACGGAACCGUAGUCAUAGUGGAACCCACAGUCCUCAGCCUGCGCCUCCAAGAGUCUGGGGCCAAGGAUUGCAGCAUCCCUACCCUGGAGCAGGCCGCCAUCUGGCAGGGAGUCGACCUUGUCAACGUGUCAAGUACCCGUCUGAAUGAGGCCGGCGCCCUCGUCUACACGAUCACUGCCGAGAUAUACACCAACUCCUCCAUGCUCCUUUCAAUGGGGAAGCUUGCAAAGCAAGGCACCUUCAGCAGAGAUACAGACGUGCUCAGGUUCUCGUGCGAAACAGACUGGGUACCGGGUUUUGGCACGGAGUACGCUGGAAUGAGUUGCCAGAGAGUCCUUGCCGAAUUGUGGAACAAAAAGGAGACAGCCCUCGUGGGCCUCACCAUAGACGGCGUCACUAACACUAGUAUACACUCGGGGUUCAUCCCCAGCAUCACAAUCCAAUCCCAGGACUACAACACCACGUACAUCAUCACCUUCUCCGUUGCCGCGGCCUUUGCUGUGGCGCUGAACGCUAUGGCAAUCGUUUUGUGGGUCCGGCUAAAUAAAGAUGUCAAGGCCCUAAACCUUAAGAUAAAAAACCGACAUUAUCAAAGAAAUCAACACAACCAGGGGGUUAACAGUAUUGUAUUAGGUUCUAAUUAG